UUUGGCCAAAAGAUGGAGAAACAAGGAAAAGAGAAGAAGAUCAUCAAAGUCUACCAAAGAAGAAGAAAACAAUCCGAACAAGGAUUUUCAUUUCCUGUGGAUCUAGCCUCAGAGAUACUCUUGAGGCUGCCUGAGAAAUCUGUUGCGAGGUUUCGUUGCGUGUCCAAGCCUUGGUCAUCACUCACCACCGAUACAUAUUUCAUCAGCUUGUUCAAAGCUCGGUCCCCACGGCUUCUACUCUGCUUCGAAGCAAAUGACAAGCUCUUCGUUUCCUCGAUUCCGCAGCAUCAUCAGACUUUUGAUAUUUGGAACAAGUCUUACUCAUCUUCUCAGCCUAUUGAUCGUUAUCAGAUGGAACUGAUCUCAAAAUAUCCUAAUUGCUUCAACCCUACGGAAUCUGUCCAGGGCUUGAUCUGCUUCCAAAAAUUAGCAACGCCAAUUGUUUGGAACCCUACUACGAGACGGUUGCUAACUUUACCCAAACCCGAUGGGAGCUGGAAGGAGAUAACAAUAUUUCUAGGAUACGAUCCAGUGGAAGGUAAACAUAAAGUAAUGUGCAUGCCUUUGUUAAGAGCUUCUAGUGACUGUAGGGUGUUAACAUUGGGGUCAGCUCAAGAAUCAUGGAGAACGGUCAAAACUAUAUAUAACCAUCGUUCUGACAAUCAUACUCAUGGUAAAUGCAUCAAGGGUGUUGUAUAUUAUCUAGCCUUUGUUUAUCGUUCGGAUGUUGAGGUUGUAAUGAGCUUCGAUGUCAAAUCUGAAAAAUUCGGUAAGAUACGGUUACCGCCAUCGGAUGUUCACAAGAUUUUUCUGAUGGUUUAUCAAGACAAGGUAGCUUGUGUUGAUAGAAAACCAAACAUGAAUGAUGGUUUCAGAUUGUGGAUUUUGGAAGAUGCAAAGAAACACAAGUGGUCGAGUAAAGACUUCCUUGCACCUAUUGAACACUUUAAUGAGAGUUUGGGCUGCUAUUCCCUACUAAAUGGUUUCACUCAUGCUGGUGAGUUUAUAUAUGUAGUAAGCUCGUUCAAGAAAUCGUCUUAUAUUUUGUUUUGUGAUCCGCUGAGAAACAGCUUUAGAAGAUUCGAGCUUAAAGGAAUCACUGACGACGAAUCUGUGCUCAAUAAUAAUGACCGUAGCCAGAUUUAUACGCUCCAUGUUUUCCUGAAUCACGUUGAGAGUCAUACCUCUUUGUAACAAAUACUUCCUUUUGUUGUUUUCUUCUUCUUCUUCUUGUUUUCAGAUACUUAUAAUUAGUUU